GCAGCCUGCGGGGGUUAUGUAGAAUACAGCUAAACUUAAUUGCUCUCGCCAAACACAGUGUGGCCCAAUGACCGUAACUCUUUGGAAAAGAAGUGGUGGCACCAACAGGCAGGAUUCAAGCUCUGGUCCCAUUCCUCCAUUCCCCCAGGGGUUCAUCGGGAUUUCUGCGGAAUGGGGUAGUCAACAGCUCAAUUGUAAUAUGGUGAAUGUGUAUGCUCCUUGUGAUAGAAGAGAGAAGGCUUUGUUGUGGGAGGAGAUGGGGGGUUUAGUGUUGGAACAGGGUGGGAGGUGGCUUUUAGCAGGAAAUUUUAACGCAGUUCGAAGUAUAAUAGAAAGGAAGGGGAGAUUAGGGGAGACACAGGAUAUGGAAGAGUUUAAUCGAUUUGUGGAAGGGACUGGUCUAAUUGAUGUCAAAUUGACGAAUAGGAAGUUCACCUGGUAUAGAUCUGAUGGAACCUCAAUGAGUAGACUGGACAGAUUUUUGUUAUCUUCAAAGAUGAGUACGUUGGAAAGAGAUUGGACACAAGUUGGGGUACGACGCUCAAUCUCAGACCACUGUGCUAUUAUUUUGAAAUCAAGAAAUGUUGAUUGGGGUCCUAAGCCGUUUCAAGCUCUUGAUGUUUGGCAACAACACCCAGAGUUUAGAGAUUUUGUGGCGGCUACUUGGGAAAAUAUGCGGAUUGAAGGCUGGGCAGCUUUUAAGUGUCAAAAAAAGCUGAAAUUAUUAAAGGAGGAAUGCAAAAGGUGGAACAAUGAGGUGUUUGGAAAUGUGGAGGUAAGAUUUGAGAGUGUGUUACAGCAAAUAGAGAAGUUGGAUAAAAAAAGUGAGGAGAAUGAUCUGGAUGAGAACGAGGUGAUGUUACGAAAGGAGUGCUCUCAGGAAGUUUGGGACAUAUUACAGAAAAGAGAAGCGGUGUGGAAACAAAAAUCGCGAGCCAAUUGGGCGUGUCUUGGGGAUGCAAAUACGACUUUCUUUCAUAGAUGUGUGCAUGCACGACAAGCACAGAAUGUCAUAUCAGGCAUCUUAGGUGAGGAUGGAUGGGUGGAGGAACCUGAAAGGGUAAAGGCGGAGGCAGUGAGGCAGUUGGUGGAUAGCGUGCUAAUCUUGAAUGAGGUAGUGCAUGAGGUAAAAAGAAGAAAGCAACAAAGCUUCAUGUUUAAAGCUGAUUUUGAGAAAGCUUAUGAUUGUGUGGAUUGGGGUUUUCUAGAUUGGAUGAUGGAUAGUAUGGGGUUUGGGGAUAAGUGGAGAAAAUGGAUUCGAGAAUGUCUUUCAACUGCAAGGAUUUCGGUGCUAAUAAAUGGAAGUCCAACGAAGGAAUUCUCUGCAUCCAAAGGCCUUCGUCAAGGUGAUCCUUUGUCUCCGUUUCUGUUCUUAUUGGUGGGAGAAGGUCUGUGUGGGAUGGUCAAAAAAGCUGAGUGUGAAGGGCUUUUGAGAGGGGUGGAGAUUGGAAGAGGAGGGGUGGUGUUGUCGUUAUUACAAUUUGCAGAUGACACAGUUUUCAUAGGGAAGGCUGAUGCAGAAAAUGUUAGAGUUGUGAAAGCUAUCUUGCUUUGGUGCUGGAGACAUGUUACACUGUGGGGUGGGCAAGGUGCCUUUUACAUACUUGGGCUUGCCAGUAGGAGGAACUCCAGGGAGGAAAAAGUUUUGGAAGUCAGUGCUAGAUCGGUUUCAUCAAAAGCUUGCCACUUGGAAAAGCCCACUACUGUCCUAUGGAGGCCGGAUUACCUUAAUAAACUCGGAGAUGGUUUAGAUAGCUUAUGGAAGAGGGUGAUUUGGGGAAAACAUUAUGGGGGUAGGAGGGAGAGGGAUGUUAUUUCCGCUGAGUGUUUGAAUAUGUCUCGGAUAUGGAAGGAUAUUGUGAGUUUGGAUAGUAGAUCGGAACGAUUAUCGAAGAUGUUAGUAAGGGGUUUUAAGUGGGAAGUUGGGGACGAAAGCUGUGUGGAUUUUUGGAGUGACAAAUGGGUGGGGGAUAAGUCUUUGAAGGAGUUAUAUCUUAGGUUAUUUGCGGUGGCUAUAAGGACGGAAGGAAGUCUGAAGGAUAUGGGUGUGUGGCGGGGAGAAAAUUGGGUUUGGGAUUGUAGGUGGAGAUGUGGAUGUAGAGGGAGGGCAGCAGAAGAGGAAGAACAUUUUAGGGCAAUGAUCAAUGGAUUUCAGUUGAGGAUAGAUAGGGAGGAUUCUUGGAGAUGGGUGCAUAGUAGUGAUGGUUGUUAUUCGGUGAAGGCAGCAUAUGAGUUUCUAACACCAACUUCUAGUUUUCUUGAGGAGAAAUGGGCUAAGGUGAUUUGGAAUAGAUAUGUUCCUUCUAAAGGGACGAUAUGGGUUGCGUGUUUUGUCAUGAGGGGGUGGAGCAACUUCAUCAUAUUUUAUGUGGGUGUAAAAGGGUAUGGUUAGUAUGGAUGAAGGUUGUAAUACCCCAAAUUUUCGGGAAUUUUAGCAUUUAAUUAAGGACUAAAUUGUGA